AUGUCAUCCGCUCAUCUACAUCGGCGAGAGAAGGACCGGAUGAGGUACUCACUUGAAUAUCGAACCCAGGCUAUAUCACAGCUGGCAUCCACCAUCACCUAUGUUACUAGUGCUGAGGCUUCUGCACCGGCCAACCUAGAUACGACUGCUUUAUUGCUGAGUUCUAUCUUACUCGGGAUGACCUCAACAUGGCACGAUGUAUCCAUGCUAGAUUUAGUGCAUCUUAAAGGCGCCCGUACUCUAUUCCAAAAGUGGAUGUUUAACGCCCACCGACAAAGUGUGGGACCGUCUCCUUAUGAUCCGAAAUAUAGCUUCUUACUUGGUGUGAUGGCGUAUUGGGAGGCUCUUGCCUCCUUUCACGUUGACCAAAGUCUGGAGGCAGUAGACUAUCUUUGGGAUAUGUGCAACACAGGAACAAACUUGGAGGCUUGCUGUCCGAAUCCAUUUACCGGGGUCAGCACAUCACUGUUUAUCUCUAUGGCUCAGGUCGGUACAUUGUCAAGACAGCUUCGCCUUGUUGAUCGGCUGUGCUCCCUGACAGGCCCGAAUAAAUACAAGGGAGAGAUGUAUCUUUCACUUCUCGACAAGGCAAAGGAAAUUGAGAAGUGCGUGCGCGCUUAUGCUGUAUUGCCGGUUGAUGAGAUUAGCGCUACAGGAGAUGACCUCACCCCAUCGAGCCAUCUUCAUACUAUGGGACUUGUGUACCAGCUAUCGAUACUGCUCGAGCUUUACCGGCUUUUCCCAGAGUUACUUCGGUCGAGCGAUGACCAGAUCAAUUACAGCCCCAAUCCAUUAGAGACAAAACACUUCUUUGACACUCUCGCCACAAGCAUCCUGACCCUGCUGGUUUCGAUCCCUCCAUCAUCCAGAACAAAGGCUAUCCAGGUUUUCCCAUUGAUCAUUGCAGGCAGCGCGCUGCAAGGGCAGACGCAACCCUCAUCCAGUACAUCGUCGUUGCCAUUAUGUAUUCGCGACCCGAUUCAAGGGGUCAUGUCGCUAUCUAGCAACAGCCUCAUCACAAAUUAUUGGAGACGUGUUGUCAUGGACAAAAUUACUAGUCUACGAGACUAUGUUGGUCUGGACUCGGUGGACCAUGCGAGAAGAAUAGUGGAAGGAGUAUGGAUGCGAGCGGAUAGUAUGAGCUCAAGAAGCGCAGGGGCUUGCUCCAUGGUUAGCUGGUUGGAUGUGAUGAGAGAGGACAAGCUACAGACGUUCUUUGGUUAA